CAAACCAAACCAAAACCUCCACGCCCACUCAAACGAGAACCACUCGUCUUACCAAACUCUCUCCUAAACAACCAAACUAUUGCAAAAUUUGAAAUCUAUCUUCUUCUUCUUCUUCUCCAUCACAAACACGAAUUUACAAACAAAAAAAAAGAAAUGGAAGAAGAAGAAGUUUCAGUGGUUGAAAACAAGAAAGUGAUACUAAAGAAGUAUGUAGAUGGUAUUCCUACAGAAACAGACAUGGAAGUGAAACUCGGAGAGACAAUUGGGCUUAAGGCACCAAAAGGAUCAUCUUGUUUCAUCGUUAAAAAUCUAUACUUGUCUUGUGAUCCUUACAUGAGAGGUCGUAUGCGCGAUUUUCACGGUUCCUACCUCCCGCCUUUUGUUCCUGGUCAACGUAUGGAAGGGUUUGGUGUAGCAAAGGUGAUAGAUUCGGAUGACUCUAACUAUAAGCCCGGCGACAUAAUCUGCGGGAUUACAGGUUGGGAAGAAUACAGUCUCCUUCAUAGCUCAAAUGAGCUGAGAAAGAUUCAGUUAGACGACGAUGACAUUCCACUUUCUUACCAUCUUGGACUUCUUGGGAUGGCUGGAUUUACAGCAUAUGCAGGGUUUUACGAAAUUUGCUCUCCGAAGAAAGGGGAAUGUGUAUUUGUUUCUGCAGCUUCAGGAGCUGUAGGACAACUGGUUGGUCAGCUUGCUAAGUUACACGGCUGCUAUGUCGUUGGGAGUGCCGGUAGUAAUCAAAAGGUUGAUCUUCUUAAAAACAAGCUUGGGUUUGAUGAAGCCUUUAACUACAAGGAAGAAACUGAUCUUGAUGCUGCUUUGAAGAGGUAUUUCCCUGAGGGAAUCAGUAUCUACUUUGACAACGUUGGAGGAUCCAUGCUUGAUGCAGCGCUCCUAAACAUGAAAGUCCGUGGAAGAAUCGCGCUCUGUGGAAUGGUGUCUCUGCAAAGCCUUUCGAGCUCAUCGCAAGGAAUCAACAACUUGUACAAUGCGAUCCCUAAACGCGUUAGAUUAGAAGGGUUCUUGCAGAGCGAUUACCUCCAUGUUUUCCCACAGUUUCUUCAACAUGUUAAAGGAUACUACAAGGAUGGUAAGAUUGUGUACAUUGAAGAUAUGUGUGAAGGCCUCGAGCUCGCUCCCGCUGCACUUGCCGGGCUGUUUUCCGGUAAAAAUGUUGGUAAACAGGUUGUUUGUGUAGCUAAGGAGUGACUUGUUUCUAAAAGUAUAUUGUGAUGUUAUGAGUAAAGCCGUGUUAUGUGUAAAAGUCUUGCUGGAUCCGCUAAUUAAGGAAGAGUGUCUCAACGAGACAGUCUCAUUAUUUAGAUUUUAAGGAGCUUGUAAUAGUGUUCACGCCGUAAUUGGAUAAAGUUAAUUUGUAUAACUUAUUAGCUAUGAACAUGUAGCUAUAACUUAUUAGUGUUCUCACGCGAAAUCCU